CAGGAGAAACGAGAGCUAAGCGUUUAUAAAAUCCAGAAUUAGUUUGACCGGUUGAUUGGAUGAAUCAGAUGUCACAGUAGCAGGUUGGAGAUUUCUUCAGCCUAAGGUUUCUAAAGACACAACAAUCAUGUCUGCUAAGGCUAACCGCAAGAAAAUAAAACCAAACUCUCCCUACUUGGAUAACUUCCUUAAAACCAAUGAAAGCCCAGAAGAUAACAGCAUAUUUGUGAUGUUCCAUGGCACCACUAAAGAGGCUGCAGAGGAGAUUAAGAUGAAGGGCUUCAAAACAUCGGGAGAAGAUAUCAACACGCUUGGAGCUGGUGUUUAUGUUACAAGGGACAUUGUGAAAGCCUGUAAAUACCCUCUUGAUGUCCGCCCGUCCCAGCGAAGAGUCCUAAAACUCAGAGUGCAUGUCGGAAGGGUUUUGAAGAUAGAUAAGCACGAUCACGACAUGCAGAAGACCUGGCAUACCAAGCAUGGAUACGACACAGCCUGGGUUCCACCAGAUGUUGAUAUGGCAGAAAGCAACGACCUAGAAAGCUGUGUCUAUGAUCCUAAGAAAAUCAGCGUCAUGGAGGUCAUGAAAGUUAAGGAAAAGACCAUAUCUAAAUACCGCCAUCUCCAGAGUGGACUGUCCGCUGAGGAUAGUAAAACCUAUGUGAUGUAUCAUGGGACACUCAAGAAGAAUGCGUUGCAAAUACAGAGAAAUGGAUUCAUACCUUCUACAAAAGGCAUGCUUGGUGCCGGUGUUUACCUCAGUCGAGAUAUCCAAAAAGUCAUCAAAUACCCUCUCGAGACUUUGGACUCAGAAAAGAUGGUUCUGAAAGUGAAGGUGAACGUGGGAAAAGUCAAAGUCAUCGACAAGCAGCGUCAUUACAUGCAAUACAACUGGCAUACUAAGUAUGGUUUCGACACAGCCUGGGUCCCACCAGAUGUUGGCAUGGUGGAGAGCAAACAAGAGGAGGACUGCGUGUACGACCCUAAGAGAAUCAAAGUGUUGACAAUGCUGAAAGUGUCCACCUUAAAAAUGUUAAACCCGUCACUGUGAUACGAAUGGUGUUCUGCAUUCGAGGAAGACCAAGCAAACCACCAGCAGAGGCCACAAUGAUCCAAUGCAUGGAGAGGCAUCACAGGACAUUUUGAAAUAGGCCUAGUAAUCUAUGGCAAUCUAUGCACAACCAAUACCUGAAUCAUUAUGUCCACCAUUUUUCGGAAAACGUCUGAAACCCGAAAUCUCUUUGCAUUUCACAAACUAGCACUCGCAAUUCUUUCUUCUGUCCAUUUGCUGGUAGCUACUUCACUGAGUAAGCUGUGUUCACUAUUUAAAUCUGUAUCACAUUUCAGAAAUAUCAUCAAUCAACAUCAAAUUGAUGUCCAUCACGCAUGCAUAUCGAUUAACGGUAUACAACCCCCCCCCAUAAUACAUUUAAUAAACAGAUUUUUAAAAAAGGUCUCCAAAAUUGUUGUGUUUUCCACAUUCCAAUGAUUCCGGGGGCAGCUGAGAGAUCGUCGUCUGCCACCAUCUGAACA